UGCUGGGCGGGUGUACGUGUUCCUCCUUUGCCUUGUCUUGUCAGCCUAUCAUAUGAUCCUCGGUCUUCCUGUUUGUUGUAGCUAAGACACGCAGAGCGACUGAAGAGGGCUUUUCAGAGCAGCCUUGAUGAAAACAACCUGAAGCACAUGAGUGAUGGGCAGCAAGAGGCAGACAGCUGCGACGGUUGGAGACCGAGGUCCCGUCGAAACUCCGUCCGGAGACACCGAGAACCUCCUAGGCCAAGAUGACUCCACACCGUGUUUCGUCUACGUGUUAGCAUUUUUCUCUGCCCUCGGAGGUUUCCUCUUCGGGUAUGAUACCGGGGUGGUCUCUGGGGCAAUGCUGCUCCUGAAGAAGGAGAUGAACCUGAACGCCCUGUGGCAGGAGCUGCUGGUUUCCAGCACCGUCGGGGCCGCGGCGCUCUCUGCCCUCUGUGGGGGCUCUUUGAAUGGCUGGCUGGGACGCAGGAUUUGUAUUCUUGUGGCCAGCUUCAUCUUCGGUGUUGGUGGCGUUAUACUGAGUAUUGCCCAGGACAAAGUGGUCCUCCUUGCAGGCAGAAUUGUAGUGGGUUUGGGUAUUGGUAUUGCUUCCAUGACAGUUCCUGUAUACAUCGCAGAAGUCUCCCCACCUCACUUGAGAGGCCAGCUGGUCACCAUCAAUGCCCUCUUCAUCACUGGUGGUCAGUUUGUUGCCAGUGUAGUUGAUGGGGUCUUCAGUUAUCUGAGCCACAGUGGAUGGAGAUACAUGCUAGGCCUGUCCACCGUACCAGCAGUUCUGCAGUUCUUCGGCUUCGUCUUCCUGCCAGAAAGCCCUCGCUGGCUCCUGCAGAAGGGUCGAAGCCAGGAGGCGUGUCAAGUUCUCAGCCGGAUCCGAGGAGACCAGAACAUCGACGAGGAGUACGACACCAUCAAAGCCAGCAUCGAGGAGGAGGAGAGGGAGGCAGGGGCAGGAGGAGUUGUUAUUUUGCGCAUCCUCAGCCAUGGACCGACUCGCAGGGCUCUUGUUGUUGGUUGUGGCCUGCAGAUGUUUCAGCAGCUGUCUGGCAUUAACACUGUCAUGUACUACAGUGCAACCAUCCUGCAGAUGGCGGGGGUGCGGGAUGACAAGCAGGCAAUCUGGUUGGCUGCAGCAACUUCAGCCACCAACUUUGUCUUCACCUUAGUUGGAGUCUGGCUUGUGGACAGAGUGGGCCGCAGGAAACUCACUCUGGGCAGUCUUUUAGGCACUGGUCUGAGUUUAACUCUGUUGGCAGUUGGGUUCCUCCUGUCCGCCCAAAACUCUCCACCUGUUACCUUCCACCCUGUCGACCCUCACAAUUCAACCUGCAGACUUUACAGCUCCUGUGACUUGUGCAUGUUGGAUCCAUAUUGUGGGUUUUGUUUUCGUGAAAAUGGAACCACAGUGUCUGAGUCCUCCUGCGUUCCUGUCAGUCAGGCGUCUACUGAUCAUGCAGCCUGGGGAAGGUGUUUUAAUAAUACAGAAGAAAGUGAUGGCCCUAUUUGGGCUUAUAAUUACUGUCCUACGUCCUACUCCUGGAUUGUUCUGCUGGGCCUCAUCCUGUACCUUGCAUCCUUUGCUCCAGGUAUGGGCCCCAUGCCGUGGACAGUGAACUCAGAGAUCUACCCACUCUGGGCGCGCAGCACUGGCAACGCCUGCUCUGCUGGUGUCAACUGGAUUUUCAACGUCCUCGUGUCUCUGACUUUUCUUCACGUCGCAGAGUUUUUGACUUAUUACGGUGCGUUCUUCAUGUACACAGGCCUGGUGGUGCUGGGUCUCCUCUUCGUCUACGGCUGCCUCCCAGAGACCAAAGGCUUACAGCUGGAGGACAUAGAGAACCUGUUUACCGGUCGUCUCUGCUCCUGCGGAGGCCUCUCCGCCAAUGAAAGUCGCUAUGUCCACUACACCCGGCAAAGUUCGGAUUUGAGCCCAGCCCAGUAUGGAGCAGUGGACUCAGACAGUGCCAUAGCUUAUAUAACUGUAAGUACAGUGUCAAUGUAGUCGAUGCUCUUGCAGCUUUUCUCUAACUGAAUAAGCCUUUUUAAUGAUUAGUUUCAUGUGUUUGUUCUUGCAGCUACGAUAAUCGUGAUCAAGCAUUCCUACAGCACUCUUUUUGCACUGGUUCACUUUAAUAAACGCCUGUUUGGUUUUUAUGGUAUUGUUAGUUUUUACAAUUUACACAGGAUUUCUUAUUCAGGUGUUUCUUGUGCUGUUGUGAAUUUUAUUAUCCAGUAUAGAUAAUAAAGUGAAGUGUUCGCAAAUCGCACAAGAUGUCCAUAUCGGAACACAUUUGUUACUAUGUUGUUGGGAUUAUUGUGGCAAAUUCAUUUUGGUUACAUUAGAUUAUUAAAAACAGUAAGAAAGCA